UUAGUGAAACAAACGGAAAGUACAAAAGUUCCCUUUCCGUUCCUUAGUAUAUUAAGGAGGAGGAUGAUAUUAUAUUAGACUUAGCCUCCAUGGCCCCAAAUCUCAUUCCUUGCUACAACACCUCAAAUCAAUUAUCAAUGGUCAAUCCCAUCACUGCCACGAUUGCAGAGGCGGUAACCGCCUCUUCCGCCGUGAAACGCCGCAAGAAUCACCACCGGGAUCUGAUUCCUGGGCUUCCGGACCACAUAGCUCAAACAUGCCUCUCUUCCGUUCAUCCUUCUCUUCUCUAUUCCGUCUGCCAUUCAUGGCGUCGCCUUAUCUACUCUCCUUCCUUUCCUCCUUUCCUCUCCAUCUACGCCGUCUUCUCCUCUUCCGAUUCCCUCGCUUUCGCCUCCUUUGACCCCAUCUCCUCCGCCUGGAAAUUCCUCCCCCUUCCCCCGCCUACCGCCGCUCUCCUCCUCCGCCACCCUUCUUUCAUCUCCCGCCGUCUCCCAGUCCAGUCCGUCGCCGUCGCCGGAAACCUCGUCCUCCUCGCAGCCACCGCAGACAAGUUCCUCCCCGCCCUAUCUCGCCCCUUGAUUUUUAAUCCACCCACCGGGAAAUGGACGUGUGGCCCCCAGUUAAGCACCCCUCGCCGCUGGUGCGCCGCCGGCGCGUCAGGACGCGCUGUCUACGUGGCGAGUGGUAUCGGCUCUCACUACAACCACAAAGUUGCUCGGUCGGUUGAGAAGUGGGACCUGAAAAGUAACGACCCCCACUAUUUUCGGAGGAAGCCGGUGGAAUCAGGGUGGAGGUGGGAGAAAAUGGGCGGCCUCCGGGAUGGGAAAUUCAGUAGAGAUGCGAUUGAUGCGGUGGGGUGGAGAGGGAAGCUGUGUAUGGUGAAUGUCACCGGCGACGCCGCCAAGGAAGGGAUAAUCUACGACGUCGGAAGCGAUGCUUGGGAGGAGAUGCCGGCCGGAAUGCUGAUGGGGUGGAGGGGCCCGGCGGCGGCGUUGGAUGAGGAAACCAUUUACAUGGUGGAUGAAUCCAAAGGCGCGCUCAGGAGAUACGAGCCGGAAAGGGAUCUGUGGGUGGAAGUAACGGAAAAUCAGAUGCUUAAAGGUGCUCAGCACAUCACCGCCGGAGGUGGUCGAGUUUGUGUGAGUUGCGCCGGCGGCGAGGGUAUCGCGGUGGUGGACGUGGUGGCAAAUCCGCCGUCUAAUAUGUGGGUGGUGGAUACUCCGCCGGGAUUUCAAGUUUUAUCCGUCCAUAUUUUGCCCAGAACGAACCAAAACGAUUUUCAGCCGUCAGAUUAGUCUUCUACACUUGUCCAAAGGAUCCUAGUUUUUUUUUUUUUUUUUUUUUUGGGAAAUUUUUAUUUAUUUUUCCAAAUAGAAAUUUUAAUCCAUUUUUAUUAUUGGUGCACUUUAAUUUAUUUAAAUUCCGCAGUCGGCAAAAUUAUAUUAUUAAAUUUUGUGACCAA